AUGAAGGAUAAGGUUGUUCGUUCACGUUCAUCAUCAUAUGGUAAUUCCUUCACGACUAAUUUAUCGACAAUACAGAUAUUAUCAUCAUUAAUGAACGACGUACAAACAUAUGGUGUAGUUGCAGGUGAUGAUGAUAAUGGAUCUACUCCAGCUUCAAUUGAUAAUCAUUCUGCAUCGUCAUCAUCAUCGGCAUUAUCUCGAGCUAAACGUACUUUUGACGACAGUGAUUCAGAUGAAUCCAUCGAUAUUGAACAACCAAAUAAUGAUAAAUUAACUGUUUAUGAUUUAUCUGAUGAAGAUUCGGAUGAUGAUGUCGAUUCACCGUCUAGUCAAAAUUUUUCACUUCCUACUAGUACAUCAACAGUAACAACAGGUAAAACAAGUCCAUCAUCAGCUGUUCGAUCAAUUAUUUCAACUUAUAUACGAGAUCAACCAGUUACUACUCCACCACCACCAAAAAAUCUCGUGUUCGUUUUGAACGUCGUUUUGGAGAAGACAUUACGAGUGGUAAUCUUCUUCAAGAAUUGAAGGAAAAGGCUGAAGCCAAAAAAAAGUACUCAAAAAUACAACAGCACCACGUUCUUCAAAAAAGUAGAUCUAAUACAAUUUCACUCAUAACCCUUUUCCUAUACAUAUGUCAUUAUACUUAAUAUUACUAUUAUUCACUAUAGUUUUAUAAAACAUAAACUAAGAAAAAUGUUGAAGUAUUUACGAGUAAAAAUAUGACGUACACUUCCCUUCUCACAGAUCAUGAUAAACAUUAGUAGCAAGCAUUACAAUAGAUGUUUUAUGUUUCACAUUUUAAUUCUCGAUAAAUUACAUUAAGAAAUUGUAUAUUAGCUGUGUAAUGAUGCGGUGACGAAAUUAGGGACCAAAAAUGCCUUGAUGACGAAAUUAGGGACCAAAAUGCCUCGAUGACGAAAUUAGGGACCAAAAAUGGCUUGGUGACGAAAUUAGGGACCAAAAAUGGCUGGCUGACGAAAUUAGGGACACUUUUUUUUUGUCAAUUUUAGACAUCUUCCUCGCAAGUUAUUGAACCCAUUCUAGACACGUUCGUUUGUCAUGUACCUUUAGAUUAUGGUAGAUCUUGAUACGCUCUACAAAAUUGCUCAGGUGACCUUUGCUCAUUUCCCGAUGAAAAAGCCUAAAAAACUUGUUUUCUUCGAAAGAUAAGAUUUUGCUUGAAUUUUCUAUGUGUGUCAUAAUUAGGGACCAAAAAUGGCUUGCUGACGAAAUUAGGGACAGGGCA